AUGGCCUUUGUCCUGGACGGUCUGCAUGAAGACUUGAAUCGGAUCAAGAACAAGCCCUACUUUGCGGAUAAUGACGAGGACGAAAAUAAGUCUGACGAGGAGUUGGCCAAGCUGCAGUGGGAUCAGUACAAAGCACGUAACGACAGCAUCAUCGUCGACAAGAUCCACGGGCAAAUCAAGAGUACUUUGACCUGUCCCACAUGCAUGAAGAUAUCCAUCAAGUUCGACCCGAUCUGCUUCCUUUCCCUGCCGCUGCCCAUCCCUGAGAAGCAAUUUGAGCAAAUGUUUUUGUUGAUGCAGCCUGACAAGAAAUGGGCUCUGUUCGCCAUGAAGGUCACCAGGAGCACCACCGUUCCCGAGGCCACAAAAAUCAUCCAAGACGAUCUGGCGAAGAGCAUUGAAUACAAGGAAAAACCGAUUGUCCUGUGGAAGAUGGACGAGCGUCAGAACGUCCAGUUCCUUCGUGCCGACGACACGGUGGCCAUCAAUAAUUCGUACAGCUCGUACCACCAGCAGCAACACCACAACAAAAUUUAUGGCAUUUUCGUUGAUUCCCCUGAACAACAGCUCAUGGUCGUGGUCAAGAACCAAUCCGUCAGCAACGAACGCCCCGUUACUUUGCCCUACGUGUUCGCUAUCAGCCCGGGCGUCGAAAUCAAUAGGGAGUGGGUUGACAAUGUGGCGAUGCCGACGAUCCGUAGCGAAUUCUUCAAGGAUCCGCAGCUGGUGCAUGACGCAGACGAAGGAGUCCCUUAUGAGGUGCUCAUCAUCCACCUCAAGCGCUUCAUCUACGACCGGUGGCAUCGCGAGAAGAUUGGGAUUCAAGUGCAGAUCCCGUCUAGGGGUUUGGAGUUGAACGACAAAUUGGCAAAUGACAAGCACGAGCAUGUCCAAUAUGAUCUCAUCGGAAUGUCCCAUCAUUAUGGAGUGCUGGCCGGCGGGCACUACAAGGCCACCGGAUUGAAUCCCAAUGGGAAAUGGUACGAAUUCAACGACUCCUCUGUACACGAGAUCGCGGCUCCGGAUGACCCCUACAUCAGCGACAGUCCUUAUUUGCUCGUCUAUCAGCGAAGGGCAAGCCCGGACGUCCACCAUGUCGAUGAGAAUAUUGCGAUGGAAGUCAACGAG